AUGGGGAGGUACACGAAUCUUCUGCUUAUCGUCGCCGCUGCGGCCGGCACGGCAGCGGGAGUGUACCUCCUUCGGCGCUACUACUGCUGCCAAAAAAAGAAGACGGACCGCGAUGACGUCUCGUCGAAAGAAAUUUCAGCAGUUUCGACUAAGGAGCUGAUCGAUCGGUUAAGGGAGGAGUGCAGCACGAGCAAGGAGAAGCUGCUGCAGAUCGCAGCGGACAUGAAGGCGGAAAUGGUUUCUGGACUCAGGAGCACGCAGGGAAGCACGCUCAAGAUGCUUCCUUCCUACGUCGACCAACUCCCUGAUGGCUCGGAGAAGGGCGUGUUCUAUGCGCUGGACCUGGGCGGGACCAACUUCCGCGUGCUACGAGUACCUCUGCUGGGGAGGGACGGUGGAAUCGGCAAGGUGGACUCAGAGGGUGCCUCCAUCAGCCCCGAGCUCAUGACCGGCACCACUGAGGCCCUAUUUGACUACAUUGCGUCGAGGCUGGCGGCGUUCGUAGCAAAGGAGGAGGAGGAGGAGUUCAAGCCAGCAGAGGGCAAGCACAGGGAGCUAGGAUUCACUUUCUCGUUCCCAUGUGACCACACGGCUAUCAACGCUGGGAGGCUUAUCAAGUGGACCAAGGGAUUCAACAUCCCUGAAACUGUGAACGAUGCAGUGGGCACACUGGCAGGAGCACGGUUCGUGGAGUCAAAUGUGAUGCUGGGGAUCAGCAGAGGUGCUCCGAAUUCAAUGCAUGCUUUAACCAUCCCGUUCCGUUUCUCUUUUUUUUGGCAGGUGAACGAUGCAGUGGGCACACUGGCAGGAGCACGGUUUGUGGAGUCAGAUGUGAUGCUGGGGGUCAUCCUAGGCACGGGGUCCAACGCUUGCUACGAGGAGAUCCAGGACAUGAGCGUCAGGCAAACCGGCCCUCCUCCAGCCUCUGGCCGCAUGGUGAUCAACAUGGAGUGGGGCAACUUCUGGUCCGGCCAUCUGCCUGUCACGGAAUACGAUGACCUUCUUGACUCCAAGAGCGCCAACUGCGGCCAGCAGCGCUACGAGAAGAUGAUAUCCGGCAUGUAUGUGGGGGAGGUGGUGCGCCUGACUCUGCUAGACAUUGCUCAGAAGUCAAAGCUGUUUGGCGAAACUGUCCCCGCCAAGUUGCUCCAACCCAACUCCCUCCCGACGCCCAAAGUGGCAAUCAUUCAUGAGGACACCACUUCAGACCUCUCCAAAGUUGGAUCCGUGCUUGCAGAGGCUCUUGAGCUCCCAGACACCUCACUGCCCCAGCGCCAGGCAGUGCAGGAGGCGAGCUACAUUCUGGAAGAGAGAGGCGCCCGCCCUGUUCCUGCCGUUAAUGUGAGCACACUCCCAUUUGCACAUGUUCGCUAUCCCCCCCACCUGCAGCUCCCAGACACAUCGUUGCCACAGCGCCAGGCAGUGCAGGAGGUGAGCCGUAUCUUUGGAGAGAGAGGCGCCCGUCUUGUGGCCGCUGGGAUCGUGGGUGUGCUGCAGAAGCUAGGGCGUGAUGGGAAGGCCCAGCCAAGCACAGGAGAAGCAGCAGCUAUUGAUGGGGAAGCGGCAGGAGGAGAAGCAGGAGCACCAGGAGCAGAGGCAGGGGCAGGUCUGGGGCAUGUGCCGAGGACAGUGGUAGCAGUGGACGGGGGUAUGUACGAGCAUUACACUCCGUUUCGCGAGGGAAUUCACGAGACGCUCAAGGAGCUGCUUGGCGAAGAGGUGGCGGGGUUUGUGAGCAUGAAGCUGUCGAAGGAUGGAUCGGGGAUCGGUGCUGCUUUGCUGGCCGCCUCGCAUUCCGCUUAUAAAGAGUGA